UACGGUCAUAUAAUAAUUUUUUAAAAUACAAUUUUUGAAUUUAUACAUCACACACAAGUGAGUUUUGAUAAUGAUAAAAAAUAGCACAGAAUGAUUAAUGUAUGAUUUAAUACAGUAUUAUAGACAAUAAGAUUUUCUUUACUUAAUUAUAAUAUUUUAAGCAUGUUUAAAUAGGAUUAUAGUAAAUAUAAUAUUUUAUCCAAAUAUGCACGUAUAAAUUCUUGUAAAGAAGACAACGCAUGAAAUUUCUUCAAAGAAGAGUCAGAAAAAAAGUUUCACUGGUUGCUUGUAGGCUGAUAUAAUUUCAUAAAAAUGGCAUGUAUAAAAUUAAGUAAAAAUGCAAGAAAAUUAUAUGCAAGAUAUUCAACCAAAAAAAAAACAAAAUGAACUUUUAUAUAGAUAUGGAUAUUUUUUAUUAAUGCUUUUGUGUAUGAUGCUUGCUUCUGUUAAACCACAUUUUGGUAAAACAAAUGGUAUUCUGAAUGGAAAUAUUAUUAUUCGAUAUUUUGCUAUUCCUUUAACAUACUUAGAAGCAGGUUUAUUGUGUGAUCCAAAAAUGCUUUAUUUAACAUUAAGCAAUGGUUCUCUCUUAAUAUUUACAAUGACUUUUAUAUAUAUUUUAAUGCCUUUUCUUAUGAGACUUGGGGUAUGUUUAUUGACUUAUAUCAAUGUCAAUGUGUGGUUAUUGAAAGGAAUGGAAGUACUUUAUUGCAUGCCACCUCCAUUUAAUACAAGUUUUGUAUUAUGUCGAUUAGCACAAGCAGAUUUAUCAACAAGCAUUGUGAUUACUUUAGUAUCUCAUUUUGGAGGAUUAUUUAUUUCUCCUAUAUUAUUAUAUUUUGUGUUAGGAGCAUCUACACCACCUUUGGUUGGUAUAAAUAUAAAAGAAACCAUUUAUAGUACUAUUAUACCAUUAAUUAUUGGUAUUGCAAUUCAAAUUAUUAUUUUAAAGUACGAUAUUUGUCCAAAAAUUAAAUCACCUUGGUUUUCUCAAGGAUUAUUAUUAGCUACAGCAUAUCAUUGGUUUUGUGAUGCAUUGUUAGUAGAUGCAUCAUCUUUGCAAGCUUCUGAUGUAUUAUUAUGUGUAUUAAUUGCCUGUGCGGGACAACUAUUUGUUAGCUGCUUAUGUUGGAUUUUGUGCUCUCGGUGGUUACCUCGAAAUAUUUUGCUAGCUACACUAUUUACAAGUACUCACAAAUCAGUUGGUCUUGGUAGCUGGAUUUUACGUGGUGCUUAUCAUGGUUCAGCUCAUGGUUCAGCUGUGAAUUUACCAUUAUCAAUAUUACCAGUUGCACAAUUAUUAUUAGGUAGUUUACUAGCUGGCUGGUUGUCUCCAUAAUAUAAAAUGUUACGUGAUUAUUUUAAAUAAUUUCUUUUGCGAAUUCUGCUUUCUAAUUGAAAUUAUGUUUAUAUAUACUAUCUGUUUCUACUACUGUUAUAUAUGUUUAUAUAUACUGU